CGAGGCUACAAAGACGGGUCGGCUCGCCAGGGGACGCUCCUGAGAGAAGGGCGCGCGCGGCGCAAGCCAGGGCCCUCCUUGCACCUCGACGCCCAGCAGCCGGCGCGCGGGAAGGGCAGGGCCGCCAGCACUUCCUCCCGCCGCGCAGAGCUCGACCCUGGUGCAGCCGCCGCGCCCCGCCGCGCCCGCCACGCCGUCGAGAUGGGUGAGUCAAGUGACGACAUAGACCAAAUGUUCAGCACUUUGCUGGGGGAGAUGGAUCUUCUGACCCAGAGUUUAGGAGUCGACACUCUUCCUCCUCCUGACCCUAAACCACCCAGAGCUGAAUUUAACUACAGUGUGGGUUUUAAAGAUUUAAAUGAAUCCUUAAAUGCCCUGGAAGACCAAGAUUUAGAUGCCCUCAUGGCAGACCUGGUCGCAGACAUAAGUGAAGCCGAGCAGAGGACGAUCCAGGCACAGAAAGAGUCUUCUCAGAAUCAGCAUCACUCAGCAUCUACGGAGGCAUCAAACUUCAGUGGUGCAGCCUCUCUGGGUUAUGGAGCAAAUGUUACUGCAACCAGCGUUAGCCAAUACGUGGAUGAUUUACCACCCCCACCAGCUGAUCCUGUGUUAGACCUCCCACUGCCGCCGCCGCCGCCACCUCCUGAACCUCUCUCUCAGGUAAGUCUCGUCGUCAAGGUGCACAUGGACGACAACAGCACAAAGUCACUGAUGGUGGAUGAGCGGCAGCUGGCCCGAGAUGUUCUGGACAACCUUUUUGAGAAAACUCACUGUGACUGCAAUGUAGACUGGUGUCUCUACGAAAUAUACCCAGAACUACAAAUUGAGAGGUUUUUUGAAGACCAUGAAAAUGUUGUUGAAGUCUUAUCAGACUGGACAAGAGACACGGAAAAUAAAGUACUAUUUUUGGAAAAAGAGGAAAAGUAUGCUGUAUUUAAAAACCCCCAGAAUUUCUACUUGAAUAACAAAGGGAAAAAAGAAGGCAAGGAAACCAAUGAGAAAAUGAAUGCUAAGAACAAGGAAUCUUUACUCGAGGAAAGUUUCUGUGGAACGUCUGUCAUUGUACCAGAACUCGAAGGAGCUCUUUAUUUGAAAGAAGAUGGAAAGAAAUCCUGGAAAAGGCGCUAUUUCCUUUUACGGGCUUCUGGAAUUUAUUAUGUACCCAAAGGAAAGACUAAGACAUCUCGAGACCUGGCAUGUUUUAUACAGUUUGAAAAUGUCAAUAUUUACUAUGGGAUUCAGUGUAAAAUGAAAUAUAAAGCGCCCACGGACUACUGCUUUGUCUUAAAGCAUCCCCAGAUUCAGAAGGAGUCCCAGUAUAUCAAGUACCUCUGCUGUGACGACGCAAGAACUCUCAACCAGUGGGUUAUGGGAAUUCGGAUCGCCAAGUACGGGAAGACACUCUAUGACAACUAUCAGCGGGCCAUGGCGAGGGCUGGCCUUGCCUCUCGGUGGACAAGCCUGGGGACUGUCAACGCAGUGACACCGGCCCAGCCUUGCACAGGACUUAAGACGGGCGCCACCCAGCCCAAUGGGCAGAUCCCCCAGGCUGUCCAUGCCGCCAGUGCUGUUCUAGAAGAGGCCCAGAGACAGGCGGAAACAGCCAAGGAGAAGAGGCCGGCGCCGGGUAACCACCGCGAGCCGGCAGCGCCCAGGGCCCACCCCGCUCCCAGGGCCAGCCUGCCCCCGCCCCCGCCCGUGCGGCGGUCCUCGGACACCGGCGGCAGCCCCGCCCCGCCCGACGACUUCCUGCCGCCGCCGCCGCCGCCGCCGCUGGGGGACGCCGAGCUGCCGCCGCCGCCGCCGCCGGAGCUGGCCGACUCGCCCCCCGACUUCGUGCCGCCGCCGCCGCCGCCGCCGGUGCUCGCCGGGGACCCGGGCUCCGCGCUGCCGCCGCCCCCGCCGCCGCCGCCCUCGCUCCGCCCGGAGUGCGCAGGGCCGUCCCCCACGGUCGCCAAGAGGCCGCCCAUGCCCCCCAAGAGGCACGACAACCCGGGACUCCCCGCCGGGGGAGGAAGCGGGGAGCAAGACUUCAUGUCAGACCUCAUGAAAGCUCUGCAGAAGAAGAGGGGCAACAUGUCCUAAGGGACAUCCGGGGACGUCCGCGUGGCAUAGGGACAGCCAUCUCUCGCCUCAAGUGCCUGUUUUGCUACAUUCUUGUCGUGGCAUCUGGUUCAUUGUAGAUAAAGGUUGGAAGUUUUCAGACGAGAAAUGAUGUCAGACUUUUCACUGUUGCGCUCAGGUAUAACACAUUCAUGACCAUUCACCUAACACGGAGUUCAGACUGUCUGCCUAAAUGUACAUA